UGUGUGGCUUAUAAACUCUUCUUUCUAUUUAAAAAUGGCUGGUUUUUUACGUUUUUAACUAAGAAACGUUGUAAAAGAAUGAUGAACGAUUCAUUUGAUACGAAAUACUCUCUUUAUUAUCGUAUUUUCAUGGGUUUAAGCCUCUUUGGUUCCUUAUCAGAAACAUGGUGAAAACUCGAAUUCUAUUUUUAUUUUCCCCGUUUCUCGCCAUUUUUCAUGCAUUCAUGUUUCCAUUUCAAGUAUAGAACUAGGUAAUCCAUUCCUCAUGCCACGGUAGGAGGAGGCUCAAUAUAAUUUUUUUUUUCCUGGACAACGUCUGAAUUUUUGCUGCAUUUCUUCAAAUGAUUUUAUUUGCUCAUUUAUAACAAGACAAUGGCUGCAGCUGCUGGCAGAAGAAAUAUUCUUCGAGAGUUGACAUCUAUCUCCGAUCAAGGAAUAAGAAACAAUAGUGAAAAUGCUAUUGUCACGGCAACACCAACAUCACCAGAGGAAACCGUGAUUCAGCUACGAGGUCAUCACAAGAAGUCUGCUACUUAUAAUUAUGGAGCUGCUGAUCCAGUAUUCUUUAAAACACCUACAAAGUCACCAAAAAAAUCAUCUGUAAUGCAAAGAUUAUACACUCCACCUAAAAUGAGUCUUGUGCGAUCUUCUCCUAGAAAGCAUGCUACUACGUUGCUUAACAAAGAUGAUGCAAGUUGUUCGACGUCUGAUAAGCAGACCAAGUUGAGAAGACUCCAAAAUUUCCAGCCUAAAGUAGAACUUGAAAAAACCAUUAAAGCUUUAAGUUAUUCGCAGCUGAUUGAUCUCAUUGCUGGCUCUGCAAAAGUGUCACCUGAAAUAGAGAAGAUGUUUUCUUCCAUGCUUCCAUGGCCUGAUCUUGCUCCUGUAAUAGAACAUUUGAGUACAUUGCAGCGCAAUGUUUUCAAAUCAUACCCUAGAAACAUAUGGGGAUCUCAGGAUAGUUCGUUUUGUUACCUCAGAGUUCGCACUCAUCUUGAAUUGUUUAAAAAAGAAUGUUUAAGACUGUGCAAUCAGUUUAUGGAAAGUCAGCACUGGCCUACAUUUUUUGAAUUUGUCUUUGUUGCUUUGAAACUUAGCAUUAAGCUUCCAAACUGGGAAAAUGUAGCACAUAAUAAAAUCAAGAUGACCUGCCUUAAAUAUCUAGUUUCCCACUUUGUUGAUGCUUUGAACAAAGCUGAUCUUGAACAUGAUGCAUUAUGUGAAAUUGCGGAAAGAAUUAAAGAAUUUGCUGAUCAUCCUGAAGUUACAACUGCAAUUUCUUGCGCUGAAGAUUUGCUUAAGAAAAGUGUUGUUUCUUAGAUAUUGCCUGUGCUCUAUUUAUAAUAACUUUCAUGUUAUGUAUUAACUUUUUAAAAAAUAUUUUAUAAAAUUAUGACAAUGAAAUUUAUUACUUGUUUUUAUCAUGUUUAAAAAACUUUUAUGACUAUCAAUAAAUACUAUAAUGAAUUUUCUCUAUUCAACUAUUUAAAAAUGUAUUUUAACUGCCAAA